UGGAAACCAAUGGGAACAGUUGAUCCCUGGUAUUUACCCGCUGAUGUAGUCGACGGUGGCGACAAAGAUGGCUCUGUCCUCCAAAAGGCCACUGGUAACCGUAUCCGUUGUGGUGUUGUUGGCUACGAUAAAGAAGACAAUAUCUGGAUGAUUCCUGCCAACGGCAACUUCGAUCAGGUCGGCUACAUUUUGCCUCGUGGUGGAUAUGAUUCACGGUCCGACAAGUCUAUCGCAGACUGCGUACUGCGAGAGUCAAAGGAAGAAGGUGGUCUUAUUAUCGAUAUCAACUCGUUGAUUCCACUCGGACUCAGCAACGGCGGAGCAGUAUACUGGUACAAAGGCAAUGUUACUGAAACAGUCGAGCCGACCGAACCCCGACCCAGACCACCAAAGGGCUUCACAGUCGACGAUACGCGCGCGGAGCUGUUGAAGCCUCCGGGAAAGCCGGCAAAGAAGGCAGAUAUGCGCCAAGCGUUC